AUGGCUCAAUAUUUCACUUGGUUCUGUGUUCAAUGUGUAUGGAAGGUGGUGAAUUUCAACAGAAAUUGGGAUAACAACUAUUUUGGAGAUUUAUUCUCUUCUUUCCAUACAGAUCCUAGGAUCACCAAUGCAACGACUGGGAGAAGGAACAAUACAAUUAUAAAGUUCAUUCUCUUGGGAUUUUCUGAGUUUCCAAAGUUCACCAUUAUCCUAUUUUCAAUAUUUCUAGGGCUCUACCUCAUGACAGUGUCCUGGAACGUGAGUCUCAUCACCCUCAUUAGGAUGGACUCCCACUUGCAUAUACCCAUGUACUUUUUCCUCAGUUACCUGUCAUUUCCGGACAGCUGCUUUGUUUCCACCAUAGCUCCCAAGAUGCUCUCAAACUUCUUCAAGAAACGUGAGUUCAUCUCCUUUAUGGGGUGCACCAUGCAGUACUUCUCCUCUCGCCUGGAUCUGACUGAGUGCCUUUUUCUAGCAGCCAUGGCUUAUGAUUGAUAUGCUGCCAUUUGCAAUCCUCUGCUCUACACAGCCAUCAUGUCCUCCAACCUCUGUGUGCAGAUGGUGGUAGGAUCUUGUAUAACUGGCUUCCUUGGUUCAUUUAUUCAACUGUGUGCCUUAUUUCAGCUCCAUUUCUGUGGUCCACAUGUCAUUAACCAUUUCUUCUUUGACCUGCCCCAACUGCUGAUCUUACCCUGCUCCAACACCUUUUUCUUUCAAGUCAUGACCUCUGUGCUCACAGUGAUCUUUAGAUUCACCUCUGUCUUGGCCAUCAUGAUAUCUUAUGGUUCUAUUACUGUCACCAUUCUGAAGAUCACUUCAGCUGAAGGGAGAUCCAAAGCUUUCAACACUUGCGCUUCUCACCUGACAGUGGUGACCCUUUUCUUUGGCUCAAGCGUCUUUGUUUAUAUGUAUCCUAACUCGGGUGAUUCCUUGAGCCAAAACAAGUUGGCAUCAAUCUUACACACUGUUAUAAUCCCCAUGUUAAAUACAUUGAUCUACAGCCUGAGGAACAAAGAAAUCAAAGAUGCCAUAAAUAGAUGGAAGAAGAGUAUCUUCUGCUGGCCUUACUAA